AUACUCUGUGAAAGCAGUGGAAGAAUCAACGUCGUAUUCACAAGAUUUCAAAAUCCUAGCAGUGAAGAUGCAAAUGGACGAUAUUGUGAUUUGCAUAGUCAGUGUGACACGUUCCUGAAGAUCUGUGUAGCUUCUCCAAUACCACCUACUUCUUCUAGCUGUCCAACAAGGAUCAGUAAGCUGAACACGGACUCCUUCACUAUGAACGUAACCAUAAACCCGCCACCAUUUAAUAUUCUAACGAGUCCAUAUGGAUUUUACGUGGCAGCAUGGGAUGAUGAUACUACUUAUGAUGAUCUGAUCGAUACGUUCUCUUAUACCUUCACAAACCAACCAACACCUAAUGGUACGAUACCACCAUGGACAAGUCGGUCAGUGAAAGGAAAAAGGAGAAUAUCUGUUAAAUGUACUCUUGGCUUUAAGUACCGUAUCUACUGUGAUAGACAUUACUAUGGACCAAGAUGUGACAAACACUGUCAAUACACAGACUCUGAUAACACUGGUCAUUACAGAUGUAACAACAAUGGAGACAAGGUGUGCUUAACCAACUGGUAUAUACCACAGUUUAACUGUAAAAAAUACUGCAUCCCUCGUAAUGACAGUAGAGGUCAUUAUCAAUGUGAUGGUAAUGGAGAUAAGGUGUGCUUAACACACUGGUAUACAACACAGUCUAACUGUACAAAAUACUGCAUCCCUCGUAAUGGCAGUAGAAGUCAUUAUCAAUGUGAUGGUAAUGGAGACAAGGUGUGCUUAACCAACUGGUAUGGCUUCAAUUGUACUGUGUAUUGCAAGGCUCGCUAUGAUAACGAGGGUCAUUACGAUUGUGAUAAAAAAACUGGAGAGAAGGUCUGCAAAACAGGAUGGUAUGGACCGCUUACCGGCUGCAAUUGUCGACCAAAAAAUGACACCAAUGGACAUUUUACUUGUAACGCAACGACAGGAGCUAAAAUAUGUCUGCCAACCUGGUAUGGACCAUCGUGUAAAAUACUGUGUGAUAGGACAAAGGGUAACUAUGAAUGUAACGCAACGACGGGCAAGAAGAUCUGUCACUCUGAUUGGUAUGGUUCGUUGUGGAAUGGACCAGAAGGUCAUUAUAACUGUAGUCCAUUAACUGGAUCCAAAGUGUGUCAUUCUUACUGGUAUGGAAAGAACUGCCAGAAUUUCUGCAAGGAAAAGAACGAUGAACAAGGACAUUACAGAUGUAAUCAUACAUCGGGGGAAAAGAUUUGUUUACAAGGCUGGUCUGGAGGCAAUUGCACCACUUUAGCGCUAUCGUCCUCCCAAAUAUUACAAUCUACACAACAGUUACUACCUUUAAUUUCAACAUCAACAGAAGCAGCAGCAUCAGCAACAGUUUCUCUAUCAUCAUCAUUUGCCUGGUCAAUUCCAGCUUCAUCAUUAUCAUCAUCUUCUGUUAUUUCUUUAAGUAUAUCAUCAUCUUUAAUGAAGAGCUCUUCCUCAAGCCUGUAUUCAGUUUCCUCUAGUUUGCCAUACACACUUUUCCCAGCUAGCUUCUCAAGUACAUCGUUGGUGCAUAUACCCACAUCGUCUUCUGUUGAGUCAUUCAGAACCUCAUCGUCGUCUGUCAGGAGUGUUCCUUCGAGUGCCUAUUCUGCUACCCCUAGUAUGCCAUCUAUCCGUUACUCAGCUAGUUCCUUUGGUGUGCUUCAUCAUUCGUCCUCUUCGUUGUCGGUCAGGAGUGUUUCUUCGAGUGCCUAUUCUGCUACCCCUAGUAUGCCAUCUAUUCGUUACUCAGCUAGUUCCUUUGGUGUGCUUCAUCAUUCGUCCUCCUCUGUACAGUGGUCUCCAUCCCCAAGCUCAUCAAGCCUUGCCCAAGCAUCAUCCAGCAUCGACAGCACGCCUCCUCUGACCACCUCACCAAUUCAAUCUAGCAGAGCGAAGACUGACCAUCCAAGUAUCAGUAUGGUGUCCACAGGAACACCGCUAUCCAGUAGUGUCUCUCUUGCAUCCAACAGUAGCAUUGUCCCACCGGAAGUAAACUUACCGAGUUGGAGUGAAAGUGCAAAACAAUGGAUCUUGAACACGUGGAAAGAACCUCUAGGAAAAGCUGGUGUCGCUCUUAUUAUCCUCCUGUUGAUUGUUAUCAUCGUUUUAAUUAUUCUGGCUCGCAGAAACAGAAGGCGCAAGACUCGACAAAGAAAGGCUCUUAAUGGGGCUUAUAGUAUCGAUUUCAAUGCCUGUGUUCCGUUAAGCGAUGCCGAUGGCUUUGAUGAAAUGAAGCUUAUUUCUCCGUCCAACAGAAAGCGGCUUCUCCAUGAUUGUAGUGCCACUUCUCCCACUGAGAUACAAGUAGAGGGUAUAUUAAGCGCAUCCAACCCAUUCUAUGACGACAGAAGUAGAUUUUUGAAACUUAAUGACGCGGAUGACGCCGAGGAAGAGGAAGGUGAUAUGAAUAAUAGUGGAAGAAAAAGCAAACGUAAACCAGAGGGACAAGAAAGAAAGACGCGUAGCGUCAGUAACCCUUUCUAUCACGACGACAACAAAUACUUGAAACUGGAAGGAAACAUCAUUGAAUCUAAUGUGUAACGAACCGCAAGUAUUAACAGGAUCCUGUCUUGCACAAGGUCUAUUAACCUCUCAAGAAUCGGGAGUGGGGGGGGGAUCUCUCUUGCGACUUGAUAUGGAAUUUCACCUCCACCCUUUGGGUAAGAUAAAGUAAAAUCCCCCCCCCCCUCUCUCCCUCCCUCUCUCCCUCCCACAUCAGCCUAAUUUAAUCCCCAUUUUUUGUUAUCCAAAUAUGUAUAUAUACAUACGACUAUUAUGACGAUUUUAGGGUACUUUCACCACGAUAAAUAAUGCUUAUAAUAAAUAGUAUUUUAAAUACAUCCAUAAUCAUCCAAAACGUAGAUUUCAGCAACCUACGCCACACGUCUGAGUUUGUUCUAGCUUCCGUCAACCUGUAAAAUGUACUAACUCUGAGAGUUUAAAUUUGAUGGAUGGAAGGCCGAACACUGACGCGCCGCGUCUGCUGUGGUAUUGGACGCAGAAACAUGAAUAGCGGUCCAAAGGAGCUGUUUUAUUAGGCAAUUUUUCUCAGUAGCAUCUUCUCUCUAAAGAACAGAACCUUGAGAGUUAUUAGGGGACUGUGCUUAAAGCCCCGUUUACACUGGCGAUUUUUGCGGCGAUUUUUGUGGCAAUUUUCGGAAAUAUGAAAUCCUUUGUCUCAUCCUUCAAAAGAGACAUUCAAAAAAACCUUGGUAUCCUGAAAAAAACUUUACAAGUAAAUUCUUUACCAUUAUUUGUUAUGGGCAAAAUCGCAAAAAAAUCGCAGCAAAAAUCGCUAGUGCAAACGGGGCUUAAAGAUAGGUUGCCUUGGAGAUUACAGCCACUGAUCUGGUCUCACGAACGACCUAAUUUUUGAGGAUACAGCUAUUUUAAACAACGCUGAAUACUGAAUACUGCAAACUAAAAAGUGUAUUCCCAAAUCGAAAAGUAAAAACUUUUUUAGACAAUAUUACAUGAAACCCAAAAUUCAUUUUAUCUGAAACAAUAUACUGGCUUCAUGCGUCAGAAAGGAAAUCGCUGUAUAUUUAGUCUUUAUUUCAAAAUUAACGAUACCCACAAUGCCCUUUGGUCUUGACCAUAUGUUCAUUAUGCAGUAUUCAGUAUUCAACAUUUUUGAAAAAGCUGUAUAUACGGUUCAUCAUUUACAAUCAUCCUCUUCGUCUUAGAAUAUUUGUUGAAAAAUAACAUUUUAUUUUUCGAGAAAUUUUUUUUUAGUCAUUAAUAUAAAGUUCACUAUUUAGAAUAUAAUUAUCUAGUUCUAACGUAAGAUAAGCUGGUCUUAACUUUAGAUGUUAUUGACUCUGUAGUUUAAUAUUUGUUCGUAGUAUUUAGAUUUUGUAUUUAGUAUUUAGAAGGCAUGAAGUUAGUGAUUGUGCUCCCCUUUUGAAAUAGUUUUAGUAAACUAACAAACAAACUAGUAGUCUCCUAUGGAGCCGCUAUUUAAGUGUCGUCAUGCAACGCUCUCACACCUAAGUAGCUAAAUUAUACUGCGAAUUUUGAUUGAUUCGUAGAAGAAUCCACUAAGUGAUUCAAUUGGGUGAUGGAAAACCCCACGUAAGUGAUGUGCAUUACAACACAAAUUGAUAUGCAUUAUAACGCGAAUUUGGAUUGGUUCAACUAAAUGAUAUGCAUUAUAACACAAUUUUUGAUUGGUUCGCGGAAUAACCCGCUAAAGUGAUAGUAAGCCAUACUACCAUAGCUUUUCAACUCCUACGUUUUACAUUUUAAUAAUUUGGCAAUAAUCUAUUAGGGAUUAUCAGAGAAAUCUGGGUUUAUCCUGCGUCGUCUCUAAUUGAAUGAUAAUAUGUCGUCUAACUCUAUCAAUUCUUAUUUCUUACAUGAUGAAGAUGAUGUAAUGACAUUUUCGGCAAAACAAUAAAUAUGUAAAAAUUGAAUAACAAUCGAUAGGUCACAUGCAUUACAGCAUCAUUUACUUCCACUACCAGAAUCCCUUGCACACUUUCUUUGUUCGUUAAUUAGUAGCAAUUGUCUUACCAUUCUCAUGAGGAAAUAAAGAUUUAAAUAAGAAAGAAAAUUUGCAAAGCAUUUUGGUAGUGGUAGUCAAAUGACGCCAUCAUGCAAACGGCCUUUGAUAUUUUGAAAAUCAUUCAUUAUGAUUUCUGGUUGACUCGCUCUUGCCUUGAUACAUAUAUUAGUGAGCGCUACGCCGCUGUUUGAACUGGAUGGAAAUCAAAAUUAAUAUAAGAUGUGUAUUAUGGUUAAUACCUACUUUAUAUUAUUUUACUUAAUAUAACCCGUGAAAUAGGCGCAGGAACCCCAAGUGUCCGUAAUAUCAAACUAUAAGUUUUUUCGUACGACUGUGAAAAGCUCGUGACACUAACGCGUUCGUGACACGGCAAGGGCAUACGCCAGACCAAUCACAUGGCGAGAUAAUUUCCUCUCCAUCCAAUCAAAUACCCGAAACAUGACAAUAGCACGGGGUAGAAACGGUCACGCAAAGGUCAGGCAUUGCCAGGCCAAUCGCAUUGCGCGAGAAAAAAAUCAGCCAAUCAAAAUUAUAAAUGAAAAAAAAAACAACCACCACGGCACAGCACGGUUACGUCACUGUUCUUUUCACAGUCAUAAGAAAACUGCUCAAAUAGCAAAUGCGUAUCACCCUGGCGUCCUUUUGAAAUGUUAUUAGUUUUUAGAGUUAUUAGCUCAUAAACACGAGAGAAGCGUAGGAGCCAGAGUAAUUAUUGAAGAGCGUUAGAACUCAGUUAUUUCAUAUCUUGAAAUUUAUAUUAGCAUCUAUUUCACGGGUUAAAUGGAAGCGCUUUAAAUAUAUUUUAUUAGUUUCAUAUUAAAUGAUGACAAGGCAUCUGGUAGACAAGAUGUUACAAAUUCUAAAGACAUAAUUUAAAGGAAUAUAUCUUAUCUGAUUGUACAAUAAUUAUUGAAGAAUAAAUCUAUCUCGUAAUUGUA